UGUGGAAGCAGAGACCUGAAACGGGGCCUCAGCCCUGAGAGAUGGAUCGGUACCUACUCCUAGUGAUCUGGGAGGAAGAAAAAGUCCCGUCGGCGGCGGGUGCGGUGGCGGAGCAUGGGCCAGGGGCUUCGUCCUCUGAGGGUACCGAGAAACAGCCAGACUUAAGAGCAGCAAAUGUUUAUCACUUCCUGAAAAGAAGCAUUAAUGCUUCAAUUAAUCUAGAAGAUAGUACCUUCCCUGGCUGUUUGGUAGGCGGUAUACCAGGUUCCAGGAAGUGGUUCUUUGCAGUGCAGGCAAUAUGUGGAUUUUAUCAGUUUUGUAGUUCUGACUGGGAAGAGAUACAUUUUGGUGUGGAAAAAGAUGAAAUUGAAGAUGUUCUUCAAAGAAAUAUCGAAGAAUGUUUGAGUGCUGUUGAGUGUUUUGAGGAAGAAGAUAGCAAUAGCAGGGAAUCAUUAUCCUUGGCUGACCUAUAUGAAGAAUCUGCAGAAAAUUUGCAUCAGUUAUCAGACAAACUUCCUGCUCCUGGUAGAGCAAUGAUAGAUAUAAUACUGUUGCCUUCUGACAAAGAUCCACCUAAAUUGAGAGACUGUUUGCCUACUGUAGGAGCAUUAAAACAUUUGAAGGAAUGGUAUUCAGCAAAAAUUACCAUAGCAGGAAAUCAUUGUGAAACAAGUUGUCAGAAAAUUGCCGAAUACCUUUCUGCUAAUAUUGUGUCUUUACAAGAUCUCAGAAAUGCUAUUGAUUCAAAGGAGUUAUGGAGGGGAAAGAUUCGGAUAUGGGAAAGGAAGUUUGGAUGUGAAAUUAGUUUUCCUGAAUUUUGUUUAAAGGGAGUCACACCUAAGAAUUUUAGUACAUCUAAUUUAAAAACUUGCUUUCUUGACAAAAAGAUAAUACCAUCAAAGGCUAAGAGUAUUUUGCCAAAGGUUUUUCAUUAUUAUGGCCCUGCUUUAGAAUUUGUGCAGAUGAUAAAAUUAUCAGACCUACCUUCCUGCUAUAUGUCAGACAUUGAAUUUGAGUUAGGACUGACAGAAAACAAUACCAAACAGAAUUCCAAGCUGCUGUUGGAGCAGGUUUCUUCCCUGUGUGGCAAGGUUGGUGCUCUUUUUGUAUUGCCAUGUACCAUUAGUAGCAUACUUACUCCUCCUCCCAGCCAGCUCAGUUCAAGAAAAUGGAAGGAAUAUAUAGCUAGAAAGCCUAAGACAAUCAGUGUUCCAGAUGUUGAAGUGAAAGGAGAGAGUUCUAGCUAUUAUCUCUUGUUACAAGGUAAUGGCAACAGAAAGUGUAAAGCCACAUUGAUUCACUCAGCCAACCAAAUCAAUGGCUCAUUUGCACUCAGUUUAAUUCAUGGAAAGAUGAAAGCAAAGACAGAAGAGACCGAACUGAGCUUUCCUCUUGACCUUUUGUCACUUCCAAAUUUCUCUGGGGAGCAGCUUAUACAGAGAGAGAAACAGUUAGCUAAUGUUCAGGCUUUGGCUUUGAAAGAAUGUCUGAAAAGGAGAAAGUUAGCAAAGCAGCCAGAAGUACUUUCUGUGGAUGAACUCAAAAGUCUAUUAAUACUCACAAGGGAAUGCUUUUUCGAUCAUUUUGAUGCUAUUAUCCCUAAAACAAGUCUAAUAAAGACAGACAACACCUCCAAUAGGUUAAAUGAUUCUAAUCCAGUGGAACGUAUUUCUUCAAGUCUAGUGGAAACCAAUCCUCUGGAGUGGCCAGAAAGGCAUGUUCUUCAAAACUUGGAAACUUUUGAAAAAGCUAAACAAAAAAUGAGAACUGGUUCAUUACCUCGUUCAUCUGAACAGUUACUGGGCCACAAAGAGAGUCCACGGGAUUCAGUCACAUUAUUGGAUGCUAAAGAAUUGCUGAAAUUCUUUACCUCAGAUGGAUUACCAAUAGGAGAUCUUCAGCCUUUACAGAUUCAGAAAGGGGAAAAGACUUUUGUCCUGACGCCAGAACUUAGUCCUCGGAAACUUCAGGGUUUACCUUUUGAAAAAGCCUCAGUAUGUCAUUAUCAUGGAAUUGAAUAUUGCUUGGAUGACCGAAAAGCAUUAGAAAGAGAUGGGGGAUUUUCAGAACUUCAGUCUCGUCUUAUUCGUUAUGAAACUCAAACUACAUGCACCAGAGAAAGUUUUCCAGUACCUACCGUACUGAGCCCUCUUCCGUCUCCAGCAGUUUUGUCAGAGCCCGGAAGUAUCCCUGAUGGAGAAGCUUUACAAAGUGAACUCCGGACUGAAGUCUCCCGAGGAAAAAGGAGAUCAAAAGAUCUGAACUGCCUUUAUCCCCCCAAAAGACUUGUGAAAUCUGAAAGUUCAGAUUCUCUUCUUUCUCAGAGAAGUGGCAUUACUAAUCAUCAUCAUCAUGCAGUGACAUCCAGAAAGCCACGGGCAGAGAGAUCAUUACCUGUGACUUGUCCAUCUCUUCCAGUUCUUAGCAGUGAAACUCCCAAAGUCACUACAAAUGCCAGUUCAGGUCAAAAAAGUGUGCCUGAAUCAAAAACAUCGAGGCCCAGUAAGGAAUCAAGAUCACAGAAACACACACGGAUAUUGAAAGAAGUAGUUACUGAAACCCUGAAGAAACACAGGAUUACUGAGGCUCACGAAUGUUUCACGGCUUGCAGCCAACGUCUCUUUGAGAUCUCGAAGUUCUAUCUAAAGGAUCUUAAAACUUCAAGGGGUCUAUUUGAAGAAAUGAAGAAAACAGCAAGCAACAAUGUUGUACAGGUGAUUGAAUGGGUAUUAGAAAAGACAAGCAAGAAAUAGCACAAAAUCAUUCUCUUUGGAUAAUUAUAAAUUGGACAGAGCUAUUAUUUACUUUUUCCUUCCAUAGUUUGAAAAUUACAAACAAAUUUCAAACUUUAUUCAAAGAAUAGAUGUUACAUCUCUAAAGAAUUUCAUAAAUAUCCUAUAUUUAUAUAGUUUUGAGGUUGCUCAGUUAAUGUAUUUAUAAUUGUAUACUUAUUUUAUAGUUUUACUAUAUUUUAAUUUUUUAAUAUUUUUAUAUAUGUUUACAAAUUUUACUCUUGGUUAUUUAAUUAUUCCAAUAAAUAGAAAAAGAUAUUUCUUUACUUCUUGGUAAAUGUCUUUGUUGUUAGGCCUAUUUAAAUUAAUAAGUCUUAAGUAAGACAUUGCCAGUGGUUUUUCUCAUGUGUUCCAAUAGCAUGAUUUAUUGGAUGGCCCCUGAUUUAGAAAAUAUUGGCAAGAAAAUUCACGCAGUUAGCCAUGUUCCCUUACCCCUGCCCUAGAGCCACCACUGUUGAGCUAUUCAUUUUAUUUGGGAUCAAAAAUGAAGAAAGAGCAAAACUUAUGAAAAUAAGACACAGUGAAAAUGACUAAGUACAGACUCCCAGAAAAAAAAUACCUUUUCCCAUGGCAGAAAAUCUGGAAAAUGUGGAAAAUGCAAAAAAGAGUGGAAAAAAAUUCUAACAUUGUUUCUGUCUAUAGGUAACCACUGUUAAUAUUUUUAAACAUUAUGUUUAAAAUAUUUUCAGAAUUGGUGUCAUAUGUGUGUGUAUGUUUAUGUACGUGUGUUUAUAUGUGUGAU